CCAGAGCGGGAGACUCUGCUAGCCUGGCAGUGGCGAAGAAGGUUUGUAGCGGCAGCAUGAAGCGGACUCAGACUCCCGAGGAACGAGAACGUGAAGCUAAGAAACUGAAGCUUCUUGAAGAGCUCGAAGACACUUGGCUUCCUUACCUGACCCCCAAAGAUGAUGAAUUCUAUCAGCAGUGGCAGCUGAAAUACCCCAAACUCGUCCUCCGCGAAGCCGGCGGCGUCCCCGAGCAGCUCCACCGGGAGGUCCAGGAAGCCUUCGGUGCCCUGCACGAGCACGGCUGCCUGUUUCGGGACCUGGUGCGGGUCCAGGGCAAAGACGUGCUCACGCCGGUCUCGCGCAUCCUCAUCGGCAACCCCGGCUGCACCUACAAGUACCUGAGCACCAGGCUCUUCGCCGUCCCCUGGCCCGUGAGGGGCUCCGCCGCCGUGCGCUACCGCGAGGCGGAGAUCGCGGCCGCCUGCCAGGCCUUCCUCAAGCUCAACGAGUACCUGCGCGUCGAGACCGCCCAGACCUGGGGGGAGCUGGUGGCCAAGGACAGAGCCAACAUCGACGUGGUGCCCGUGUGCAUAGGGCCGGACUUCCCCCGCGUGGGCCUGGGCGCCUUCGACGGGCAGGACGAGGCGGACAUUAGGAGCAGGUCCGCGUACAACGUGACUUUGCUGAACUUCAUGGAUCCGCAGAAAAUGCCCUACCUGAAAGAGGAGCCGUAUUUCGGCAUGGGGAAGAUGGCGGUGAGCUGGCACCACGACGAGAACCUGGUGGACAGGUCGGCCGUGGCGGUGUACAGUUACAGCUGUGAAGGCCCCGAGGAGGACAGCGAGGAUGACCCGCAGCUCGAAGGCAGAGACCCUGACGUCUGGCACGUGGGCUUCAAGAUCUCCUGGGACAUAGAGACCCCUGGCUUGGCCAUACCCCUCCACCAAGGAGACUGCUACUUUAUGCUGGAUGAUCUCAAUGCCACCCACCAACACUGUGUUUUGGCUGGUUUACCACCUCGGUUUAGUUCCACCCACCGAGUGGCAGAGUGCUCGACGGGGACCUUGGACUACAUCCUGCAGCGCUGCCAGUUGGCUCUGCAGAAUGUCCGUGAUGGCGCAGGCGGUGCUGAUGUGUCUCUGAAGUCCCUGGAGCCCACAGUUUUGAAACAAGGAGAAGAAAUCCACAAUGAGGUGGAGUUCGAGUGGCUGAGACAGUUUUGGUUCCAAGGCAAUCGCUACAGCAAGUGCACCGACUGGUGGUGCCAGCCCAUGGCGCAGCUGGAGGAGAUGUGGAGGAAGAUGGAAGACGUGACAAACGCAGUGCUUCGUGAAGUUCGAAAAGAGGGGGUCCCCACGGGAGUCCGGAAUGAGACCUUGACCGCCAUCCUGGGCCCGCUCAGCACGCGCCAGAGCCUGCGGAGGGAGUGGCAUGCCAGGUGCCAGAGCCGCACGGCUCGGACCCUGCCCGCGGACCAGAGGCCCGAGUGCCGGCCGUACUGGGAGCAGGACGACCCUGCGAUGCCCCUGCCGUUCGACCUCACAGACCUCGUCGCGGAGCUCAGGGGCCUGCUUCUGGAAGCGAAGCCCGAGAAGGAGCGCAAGGCCUAGGUGGAGGACCAGAGGGGUGCUUUCGGCUCCUCUCCACCAUCGCCGCUGUCCCGGGGCGGGGGUGGGGCGGGAGAGGCCGCCCCUGGAGGGUGCAGCCCCGGCUGGGGCGGCAGCCCGUGAGUGUCGCCCCAACGCCGUGUGAGAACGGCACAGCGUUGUAGUCCGAUUUGGUAUCAAACCCCGUUUGUUCCCCCCACGUAUUCCCCUCUUGGAGUAAUUUUUAUCGUGAGCCGUUCCGCUCCCAAGGCCAAGGUCGGUGACAGGGGUGAACCCAGCCUGUGACGACGCCUGACCUACGUUCUCCCUUCCGACGCCUUUACAGAGGCUCGAGAGCAGAUGGCCCUAAGGUCCUCUGGGGGACCCGGGACUCCGACACAGAGGUGACACGCCCCAUGCGUGCAGCAGCCGCUGGCCGCACGUGGCUUCUUCCAUUUAAGUUCAGCUUUAACGGUCAUGAGAAGUUCAGCUCCUCGGGGGCACCAGCCGCAUUUGCGGUGCCGGACGGCCCCGUGUGGCCGCUGGCGCCCGAGCCGGAGGGCACAGGUGCAGACCGUCUGCGCCGCCGGGGGCCGUCCUCACGGGCGACACCCCGCCACAAACGUCCGGGCAGGGCACUCGCUCUCUGUCCCAGCUCCCUGUAGCUGCGGCCCUCACCGGCCGAGUAAAUAAAAAGGACAAACGUCUCUCUCCUUGAAGAGUAGCCCCCUUCCCUUCUCCAAGAAAGACCUCCACGGGCGGGCCUUCUGUGCUCUGCGCGCCGGAACGGAGGCGCGUUGAACGGUGAAACACCGCGGGCGUCCUCCCUUUAGGACGGUGCCCCGAUGCAAGGGAAGAGACGUGGCCCCGUUUACACUGUUUCGUGGGUGCAGCCAGCACCCCGUUUGCCUAUAUUGAAUGGCGGGUGGGACUGAGGUUUGAAGAACACUGGUGGCCCACCUCCUCCCCCAUGACCCUGGAGCAACAGAGAGAGACGCAGAGCAGAGGCUGAAACCGGGCCCCCCCCCAAAAUCCCCCACGAGCUUUGUGACCUUUGGCACGCCACUGUGCCUCAGUUUCCUUGUCUGGAGAAUGGGGGUGCUGAAGGUACCGGCUCCCGAGGUGAAGACUCAGUGAGACUAUCUAGGGACAGACUUACGUGAACAGCUUCCGACAGGUGGUUCAACGUCCAACAAAUAUGCGGGUGAUGGUCAGGACGCCGGCCUGACGGGGACGUGCUCGCCCCUCCCCUCCCCUCCUCUCCCCUCCCCUCCCCAGUCCUCGCACCGGUUGGGUCUGGUGCCCCCGGAGACCGUGAGAACAGUGUGCCCCUCCCCCAGCCCAUGGCCUGCCCCCAGAACCGGGUGCCGCAGCGGGAAGGCCAAGGGCAUUUCUGCCCGCUGAGGUGCGCUGAGGACCAAGCUCUCUCCCGUCGCCGGAACCUCGCUGGUUCAAGGCACGUGUUCGCCCACCGGGGGAGGUCACGCCACAGAAAGGUCCCAUCACGCAAGGCGGCCAGGCCUCCUCGUCUGAGACCAGGCGCGCUCUAGAGCCUCCGUGUCCCCCCAGUGCAGGAGGGGAGGCCCUGUCUCGCGGGGUUCGUAGGUUAAGCGGCACCGCGUGGGCGAGGCGUCGCCCCGCACAGAGAAGUCACGGCCUGCGGGCCGCCCGGCCUCGCGUCUGGUCUAGCUCCCACCCUGUUCCUUCGUUGUCGCAUCUCACAAGGGCCAGUGUGUGGGAAGUUGGGAGAUGCCGGGUGACAUGAAAACGUGUGCCGUCUCUUUAAGACUCAGGAGGUCUGGCAGCUCCUGGCACGGCAGACAGCGAGGUGUCUCGUCUCCCUGGGGUGGGGUGUGACCGCCCCACCACCCCGUGGCUCCUGGGUGUCGUCUGUUGUAAACCUGGCCUGCCCCCCUUCCUGCCCGCCCCCCCCCCCACGCCUCGCCUGUGCCCCUGCAGUAGAAAUAAACGACGCUGUGCAGCGCUCACCCCGA